CCCACUGCUCGUUCGCUGCUCGGUUCCCCGUGUAGACCACAGAAAUCCCCUCCCCUCCCCUCCUCUCUCCUCCGCUCUCCCUUUCCACGGUGCACCGCAACGAGGCCCUAACGCCGUUUCCCCCAUUACUCUCCCACCCGCCAUUACGAUCCCAUCAAUCUCUACGUACUAAGAAGACCCCUCCGUCCGUCCAGGGAUCGAUGAUUGGCCCGCGCCGUUGAUGCCGUGGGCUUUUAAUUCGACGGCCGGGCCGACCGGGAGACUAGGGUUUGAUCUUGAUCGCGAUGGGCGUGGGGAUGGCGAGGAGGUUGGAUCCCCACGGCUUCUUCUUGUUUUCCGCGAGGAAGCGGCUCCGCCCCACCUGGGCCAUCCCUCGCUCGGUGCUGUGCGGGUCGAUGCUCUUCGCCCUCGGUCUCAUCUCGCUCUUUAGCGGCCAGAUCGCCGCCGACCUCGAGUGGUCGCGUCUCCGAGGACGGUGGCGAUCCAAGAAGGAUCGCAAUGAACCAAUUAAUAUAUGGAAAUCAAAAUAUUCAAAUCUCUACUAUGGUUGUAGUGAUAGAGGUGCUCAUUUCAGACCUGCGGUACGUGAAAGCAAAUCUAAUGGUUACUUAUUAAUCGCAACAAGUGGAGGACUAAAUCAACAAAGGACAGGGAUAACAGAUGCAGUUGUUGUUGCGCGGAUUCUAAAUGCCACUCUAGUUGUUCCCGAGCUGGAUCAUUAUUCUUUCUGGAAAGAUGACAGUGACUUCGCCAACAUUUUUGAUGUUAACUGGUUCAUUUCUGCACUUUCAAAAGAUGUCACUAUAGUUAAGAGGAUACCAGAUAAAGUAAUGAGAUCAAUGGAAAAACCUCCUUAUACGAUGCGCCCUCCAAGGAAAUCAACUCCUGAAUAUUAUCUUUACCAAGUACUGCCAAUUCUCUUGCGGAGGCAUGCUGUGCAGUUGAUGAAGUUUGAUUACAGGCUUACCAACAGACUUGAUGAUGACCUACAAAAGUUACGCUGCCGCGUAAAUUAUCAUGCACUAAGGUUUACAAAACCUAUCAAAGUACUUGGUCAAAGAUUGGUAAAGAGAAUGCGAAAGAUGGGCUCACGAUUUAUUGCCGUUCACUUAAGGUUUGAACCUGACAUGCUUGCAUUUUCUGGUUGUUAUUAUGGUGGUGGGGAGAAAGAACGCAAUGAACUAGGUGAAAUAAGGAAGCGCUGGGCAACACUACCUGAUCUGAGCGCUGAGGAUGAGCGCAGUCGAGGGAAAUGUCCAUUGACUCCACAUGAAGUUGGUUUAAUGCUAAGGGCUCUUGGUUUUGAAAAUGAUACACACAUUUACAUUGCAUCUGGAGAAAUAUAUGGUGGAGAACAGACCCUCCAACCUCUUAAAGAUCUUUUUCCAAACUUCUACACUAAGGAGAUGCUUGCUGGAGAUGACUUGAAGCCAUUUAUUCCCUUCUCUUCUCGUCUUGCUGCCAUUGACUACAUUGUCUGUGGUGAGAGCGAUGUGUUUGUCACGAACAAUAAUGGAAACAUGGCCAAGAUUCUUGCUGGCCACAGGAGGUACAUGGGACAUAAGAGAACUAUACGGCCGAAUGCUAAGAAGCUUAGUUCACUAUUUAAAGCACGGAAACAGAUGGAUUGGGGGACAUUUGCGAGGAAGGUGAAGGCAUGCCAGAGAGGCUUCAUGGGGGAACCAGAUGAGAUGAGGCCAGGACGAGGUGAAUUCCAUGAAUUUCCUUCUUCUUGUAUCUGCAAGAAACCAGAUGAGCCCCCCAAAAUCGGCGAGCAUUCGAACAAAUUGCCGAGCCUGACUGAGGGUAAAACUAUUUAAAUAACAUCUUCAGGAGAUACUAUGGGAAGAGUCCGUGGCCAAGUAGAGUCACGGGAAAGGAAGAGGCUGCAUGAAACAGUUCCCUGCAUCCAAGCUGAUACUAACUUGGUUAACUCAACCAACCUUCGCACUGUGGUCGUCAUUUUCUAACUGGAAAACCAUGCCUAGGCUGAUCUUGGCCAGUUUUAUAAUGGCUGGGAAUGUCAAUUUCGUUGCUAUAUUGGUAGCUCAGGUUUAGGAACACUCACUCACGUAGAACAGUAGACUCAGAUCUGCGUCGGGGGGAAUGGAAACGACUGUAACUUGUGUAUACGGCUUCUUUGUUCGCUAUUUAAUGCUUUGGGUCAGCCUCGAAGGAGGUCUGUCUGUUAUUUCGUAUAUGGAAACGCUGAACUAUUUCCAAUGUGUAUGAUCGGUUUGUGGUAUGUAGACCAAA